GACGUCUACACAAGCCUCACGAAGGUUUGGCUCACAGAGCGCGCACUACGGGCGUUUAAUCGCCGCACCGCGUGUCACCAUUCAUCUGUGUCUACGACGUCCGGUCAGCCCCGCACAAGAGAUGAGGCAGAGAUUGGGUUUUCAGAAACGCAGCUUGAUCCCCUUGAUCGUUUUGCUGGAGGCGGCGGCCCGAUCUCCAAAAUCUUCGAGGGGUAUGUGCACUUUGAUUCCCUAGUCAAUUUUGGAAGACUCAUGGUGGCCAGCAGUACCCCGAAAAGUCGAACAGUUGCGUCUGGCAGCAGUGGAUCGAGACCCUCGACAAGACCGACGAGCGUCUCCUCGAAGGCUUCCUCCAAGAAAAUCAGACGCUCGACGGCUUAUGACAACAGGUUUUCCCAAUACUGUAUCGACAAUGGCAUAUACCCUGAUUGCCACCUGUCUGCCAACGGCGACCGGACACCGCCACCCGAUAAUCUCGAGGAAUUGCGGCGCAUCGCCAAAACCACACGCGGCUCACUCUCACCUACCAAAGGGCUGCACAAUACCGUGCAGGAUUUUGCCCAUCAGAACGCAAAUGCUUCGGAGGGCACUUUGAUGCGAACCAUCGUUCCGAUAAUCACUGGCAAAGUCAAGAUGCACAAUGACGGACAACUUCCGUUCAACAACUUGGCUUCACUCACGAAGAACAUGACGGCCAAGCCUGUUCCGGAUUUCUUCGACGGUGUAUUGCUGGAGAGCGUGGAUGAUCAAGUCAGAGAGGAACUUGACGAAGAUAUCAUACCAAACAAGGAACUGGGAGUGCCAGCCGCGCCGAACUUCUUUCUCGAAGUCAAGUCUGCCCGCGGCACCCAAGCCGUAGCCGACCGACAAGCAAUGCUUAACGGCGCUCACGGCUCCCACAGCAUGCACAGCCUGCGGAAUUACCGUCUCGGCGAGCCUGACUACGACAACAAAGCCUAUUGCAUCAGCGUAACAUUGGUGGCGGGAUGUAUGACAUUUUACGCACACCAUGUUGGUCCAUCUACAGCACCAGACCAAAGUUCGUGUUAUUACAUGACCAUGAUCAAGGCCUACGCUAUCCACGACGAAGAAGCGCGUCGGGAUGGCAUAUCGGCAUUCAGAAACUUGAGAUUGUGGGCUGAAGGAGUUCGUGACGCCUUCGUGAAGCACGCCAACACCAGAGCACGCAACGACAGCGCUAAAGAGUCUGCUGAACGAGCAGCCGAACAGGACAAGGACGUUGUCGACACGAUUGAGACAUAG